AAGUAUUUGCAUCUAGGGAUCAGAAAGAAGAGUAGAGGGGAAUCCCCUUUUCUUGACAAGCUUCAGGUUUUUGUUUUGAAAAAGUCACGGAUAUGAAUUAAUUCAUGAAAAUGGAUAACGUGGCGUACCGGGAGAUUCCAGGCUCACAACGGCCGUUUCUUCACCCGCGGAGCAGGCGCAGGGAUGGCGCGAGCUUCUGCCAUACUGUACCCAGGCUUUGCAGGGCGUGGGCGUCUCCCCGCGAGGCCGGGACCACAUCCUGUCCUCGCCAGGCCCAGCUGGUGCUGGAACCCCAAGGUCUUCUAUGAUUCUAGGGUUCAGCCGGGCUGCGGGGCCCCUGGUCCUUUCAAACACUCCGCCGGUCGAAGGCCAAUCACAGCAUAGCUUCUUCACACCGUUGCAACCAAUCAUCAGCCGCCGUGUUGGCAAGUAAAGGAAGGAUUAGAAGCUGCGGGCUCGUCCAUCUUUCUUAAAGGCAAAGGAUCUCGUGGAUGUCCCAGCCUUCUCUUCCCAACUUUGUUCCUCAAAAAAGGGCUCGAAGCGGCCAUUGUAGUUAAGGGCAAGUGGAGAAAGGAGGCGAGAGAAGCCACCUAGGCGCCAUGUUUGAUAUGUUCGGGAGGGCUGGCGUGCAAUCAAUGGCAAUUGGAGCCAGAUUGUCGCCAUAUUUUUUGAAGGCACCUUCCGGGUCCCCUAACCCUGGUGUCUAUGUCUGAGCGGCCAUGAAGUGAAUAAACACCCAGGAGUUUUUAUUUGUCUCCCUCAGAAUCCCCGAAUCCCUGGCAGCCCCUGCUCUUUCGGUUCCGUCGCCAAGGCUGGGCGGGCCGCGGGACCCCGCCGUGCUUCCAGGUGGCCGACGAAAGCGGAGUCCCGGGGGCCAGGCGGCCGCUGCUCGGCCUCAUGGUGCCUCCCCCAGCCCCGCUUCUGGCGCUGAGACCGGGGGAGACGCGGCCUGGUGGCCGGAAGCCCGGAGCCGUGCGGUUCGCGGACGUGGCCGUGUACUUCUCCCCGGAGGAGUGGGGGUGCCUGCGGCCCGCGCAGAGGGCCCUGUACCGGGACGUGAUGCGGGAGACCUACGGCCUCCUGGGCGCGCUCGGGCUUCGGGUACCCCCUCGGGAGGCUGCUCACCCCGCCACGGCUGCCUUCAGGCGGGAGCGCUGCACAUCCUGUCCAGGAGUCCCGGGCCCCAAACCAGCCCUCAUCUCUUGGAUGGAACAGGGGAGUGAGGCUUGGAGCCCCGCCGCCCAGGAUCCCGAGGAGGGGGCACGCCUGGGCGGAGCCCUAAGAGGACACGCCCCAAGCAAGCAGAAGGAAGAACCGCAAGAAGCGCUGGGAAUCCCAGGAGCUGCAGCUUUGCCACGGAAGGCUGGGCCACUGCCCGCCAGCCCAGAGCCGCCCACUAACAAAGCAAUGGCCAAGGAGCAGCCGCCUGCCAAAGCUGCCUGGGACCCCACGGCCAGGGACGCCCAGGCCAGCCGGCGGCGGCACGUGUGCACGGACUGCGGCCGCCGCUUCACCUACCCGUCGCUGCUGGUCAGCCACCGGCGCAUGCACUCGGGCGAGCGGCCCUUCCCCUGCCCCGAGUGUGGCAUGCGCUUCAAGAGAAAGUUCGCCGUGGAAGCGCACCAGUGGAUCCACCGCUCCUGCUCUGGGGGUCGGCGGGGCCGACGGCCUGGUAUCCGCGCGGUGCCGCGGGCCCCAGUGCGUGGGGAUCGGGACCCGCCUGUGCUCUUCAGGCACUACCCGGACAUCUUUGAGGAGUGUGGGUGAGGGGCUCCCCCUGCUCCC